UAAUUUAUUAUUAUUUUAAAAAAAAAAAAAUCUUUUAAGUAAACGUACGAAACAAAGAUAAGAACGUAUAUUAAACAAAAAAUUAGAAAAUCUGUAUCUAAUAAUAAAAUGACGAGUUUUAUAUUAAAAAAACCAACAUCACUGUUUUUGAGACUAUUUCAAAUAUUAUUGCUAACAGCAAUUUUUAGUUUAGAAUUUGCACAAAUACAAGGUUUUAAACCAUGGUACUAUGAAGAACCAUCACAUGGAAACGCGUCAUAUUAUUGGCUAAUAAUUUUUAUUACUUAUAUAUUGUUGUUAUAUUAUUUAACGAGUUUCUCAUAUCGAUGGAUAACCGGACCAUACUUGAGUGAAAUUUAUAGCGAUUUAUUUUUAGCGCACUUAUGGUUUAUUAUAUCAUUAAUAAAUAUUUCAUCAGAAUUUACCGGAACAAAAAUAGUAUGUGAUUAUCCACAAGAUAUAAAUUAUUACGCUCGCACAACACGUUGUCAAUUAUUCAUUUCAAGUAUGUCAUUAAGUUGGAUAGUUGCAGCUACUUAUGUAAUUUCUUCAUAUGUAUCAAUAAUGAAAUGGCGUAAACGUCCAAUUGAAGCCAAAUCAACUAAAUUCGUUGAGCCUCCAAUCGUAAUACAUAAACCUGAAACUUAUGUUGUGCAAAAGGGUGUCUUGGCAGAUGGUCAACCAGCUUUAUUCUUUACGGCUCAAAAAAAUAAUUCUACAACAAAUGUAUCUAGAGGUGGUGCAAGUGGAAAUGUUUCACCUACUAGUUCUCAUAAUGCUUCAUCAAAUAAUUUACAUGGUUUUACACAUCACGCUAACACUUCUAAAACUAGUAUUUACCUUCAUGAUAAAGAUGUAUCUGAGGUUUAAAAUAUUUAUGAUGGUUUUUUUUUUAUUAUUAUUUUUAAUAUGUGUAUAAUUAAUUAAUUAAUUGAAUAGAUUAUAUAAUAACCUCAUAUAUAUACCUCAUAUACAGUAUAUUUUAGCUGUGAAAAAGUGUGCAAACGAACAUUUUAUUAUUUAACAAUAACUUUAGUAAAUUAGUAAAUAUAUUAAUCAAUCAACCAAUCAAUUGCAAUCAAUAGUAUUUUCAUAAAAAGUGAUUCUUCUUUUUAAUUUACUAUUAUUAUCACUUUCAAUAUUAUUUUUAUAACCAUUUUGAAUUUAUUUUUUUUAUUUUUCUUGUUUGGAAUUUUAUAUUAUUUCAU